CGCCCCGCCCGCGCAGUCAGGCUCUUUCCCGUCGCGGGCGCUUGGUGUCGUUGAAUGCGGUCGCGCCGUCUCCGCCCGGGAGGCGCUGUCGGGUCGGCGGAGUAGGCGGCCAUGGGGAGCCUGCGCGGCCUGCGCCAGGUGGCGGGAAGUUAUUUUAGGUUAUAUGAAAGAGGUGCUUCUUCAUCCCUAAGACUUACAAGAAACUCUGCUUUGAAGAGAAUAAAUGGAUAUUGUGCCAAACCACAAGAAAGUCCAAAAGCUCCACCCUACACUUACAGCCACAGAGUGCCAUUACACAAACCUACACAUUGGGAGAAGAAGAUCCUGCUGUGGUCAGGUCGCUUCAAAAAGGAAGAUGAAAUCCCAGAGACUAUCUCGUUUGAGAUGCUUGAUGCUGCAAAGAACAAGAUCCGGGUGAAGGUUAGCUAUGCAAUGAUUGUCCUGACAGUGGUAGGAUGCAUCUGGAUGGUUAUUGAGGGAAAGAAGGCUGCCAAAAGAAACGAGUCCUUAACAAGCCUGAACUUAGAAAAAAAAGCUCGCCUGAGAGAGGAAGCAGCUGUGAAGGCCAAGACAGAGUAGCAGUGGUAUCCAUGCUGGCUGGAUUUUGAAAUUGCAGGAAUAAUGUUGCAGCAUUAGCCUGUAUUAAAAGAAUAUGGUGUGAGGAUUCAUUUCAUGAAUCCAAAGUGUGGUUUGCACAGACUUAUAAUUUCCCUAUUUCUGCUAUAAUGGUACAAAUAAAUUUCCUUUAAGAAAUGUCAAAAAGAAAAAAAAAGAAAUGA